AGUGAUUAUAGAAAGCUGUGCGUUUGUGCGCGUCUUCUCCGUUGUGCGCCUCCGCGGACUUGCGCGUAAAGACAAUCAAUGAAGGAGAGAAGAUCUCUACAGAAACUGUCCCUUCAGCCCGGUAUGGAUCCGAGUCAGAGCCUCAAAUGUAAGAUCGUGGUCGUGGGGGACAGUCAGUGUGGGAAAACCGCUCUGCUCCACGUUUUUGCCAAGGACUGUUUCCCAGAGAAUUACGUACCCACUGUGUUUGAGAAUUACACAGCAAGUUUUGAGAUUGACAAGCAAAGAAUAGAGCUCAGCCUGUGGGACACCUCAGGCUCCCCGUAUUAUGACAACGUCAGGCCGCUUUCGUAUCCAGACUCCGAUGCCGUCAUCAUAUGCUUUGACAUCAGCCGACCAGAGACCCUGGACAGCGUCCUAAAGAAGUGGACAGGGGAGAUCCAGGAAUUUUGUCCCAACACAAAGAUGCUGCUCGUCGGAUGCAAGUCAGACCUUAGAACGGACCUCACGACUUUAGUGGAGCUGUCCAAUCACAGACAGACACCAGUGUCAUAUGAUCAGGGUUCAGCUAUGGCUAAGCAGAUAUCCGCACCUUACAUCGAAUGCUCCGCAGUGCAGUCAGAAAACAGCGUGCGGGACAUUUUCCAUGUGGCAACAUUGGCUUGUGUAAAUAAGAACAACAAAAACAUCAAGCGAAACAAAUCGUCACGCUCCACCAAACGCAUCUCGCAUAUGCCCAGUCGACCAGACCUAGCUGCCGUCGCAACAGACCUACGCAAAGACAAAGCAAAGAGUUGCACAGUAAUGUAAUGCAAGGCGUUCAGGGGGAAAGAUUCAUUCUGGGAAACGGUGAGGGUGGACUGUGGAAGCAAGAAAGGUCUGGAAUUGCCUCCAAAGACAAAGCAAAAGUGGAGAGCGGGAAUGUUUGCUCGAUGUCCCUGAAGGUCUCUCCAGUUUGAGGGUUCCAAUUCUUUUUGCCAGAACUUGACAAGCUUGUGGACGUAAACCCAUAUUAUGGCCCCAACCACCUCUCCUAAACUUAUCCACUCAGCAGGAGGAUGUCACCACCCUCUCGGCCAAUGGGAGGUCUUCCUUCCUGCUCCUGGACGUGAAGCUGUUUCCUCUCUGGAGGACUCCUUCUGGAAGCUUCUCCUGCAGGAAAGGAAGGAGGAAGUAGAAUCACAUAACCAUUGAGUCCAGAGUUCCGCUGAGCUUUGGCUCGCAGUUAUUUUUAAAAGAUGCACGUUUCAGUUGGUAUUAACUGUCGCACGGUGGAACAGCGAAGGGGAAGAUGACUUCCAAAAUGUUGAAAUUUCGGAUAAAGACAACUCUCGCUUCUUUCUUUUCGAGUCUGUAAAGCUAAAUGAGGAUAUGAAACGAGAGUGUAUCACUGUGGCUAUGGAUCACUUCCUCCUUCGAUCCUCCUCGGUCUGUUUUGUUCUUUCUGUAGACCAAGAGCACGAGUUUGUGUGUGUGCGUGGUUUUCGUUUUCUUAUGCUAAGCUCAGCUAAAACUGUCACCAUGGAUACGCCGCUGGUAUAUUUAAACUCGCACCGUUUUCUGUAGAACUCCUCAUAAUCACAUUACGGUUCAUUAGGAUUCAGAAAAAGAAAAACCAAAGAACUGGAAGGUUUUCAAGUCGGAUGACUCAAUGUUUGAAUUUCUGAAGUGCAUGAUGGAUGUGUAUUUGAGGGCUUUUGGUGGAUCAAUGAGAAUUUCUUUCACGGUUCUGUAAAAACAUGGUUCCGCUUGUCUUUAUAGACCAGGUAUAUGGAAGUGCAAAUACGACCUUUGAGAAUUGACCUGAUCAUUUAGUAUUCAUUUGCAUUCGGUUUAUCCCUGAAGGGGCAUUCACACUGACAGCCAUUUGCAGUGACAAAGCAUCUGGAAGUCAUUCAUUUGCAUUGAGGGUUGGUGAUUUGAGGCCAGACUGCUUAGAGUUCAACUUUAUGCAAAUCUGGAACAAUACUUAGGGUGGGACUCUUUUAAAAAAAAAAUUAAAAAAAACAUGCAAGAUGCAACAUAAUGGCCAAAGAUGUCUUGCUGUAGCAGUAUCAGGCUAAUAGCUAAAGCACAGUACACUGUUAGCGUGCUAAUUUAAGCACUACUGCUAAAAUAUCAUGAAUGUAACAUAUUUCAGAAAAAAUUUGUUUUUAGCUAAACUAGAUAAACUUACUAAACAACCAGUAAAUUUUUGGACAACUGAUAAUCAAAACCAAUAGUAUAAUGAGUCGGUGACAUGCAGCGAUUUUAAUUUCUGUCAGUGUGAAUGCUGCAUAAGAAUAACAUCACUAUUGCCGUAACAAAUAAUUGUUUAACACUAUUAAAAUAGCACAAACUAUAGCUUUUCAUUGUAAAUCGUCUUUAUCAGUAAAAUGUUACAUGAACAUUUGUGCCUUUUCUGACAUCUGUGAAAUUUUGUUUAAGCACAAUUGUUGAAAUAAUAAAUAAACAAUCAAAUUACAAGGUCACAUUAAAUCUGCACUUCUGUCUGCCCAGUCCAGGGAAAAAAAAAAAAAAAGAAAAAAAAAAAGGUUUUCAAAAAACAUUCUCUCCUCUCUAUACUAAACUAUGCAGUCUGCUUCUGAACACAUGCGAGAGGAUUGAGAUAAAUGACUAAUGCACAUUCUUUCUCUUUCAAAACAAAAAAACAUUUGUUGCGACUCAGUAUAUUGCCUUGCAGAGCCGUGGGGAAAGAAAUGCGUCUCACUUUUGUAGUGCUAAAAGUUUCUCAAAACAAAAUCUUCAGAAGUUUGAAGCUAGCUGCAAAGUCUCUUUUGCUGCAUGUUUGUAGUUGCACUUUUCGUUAAAACUUGCGCAAAACAAACAAAAUCGGUCUUUUUUACAUUCGUUUUUAUUGUUUUUAAUGGGUCAGAGAGAAUUUCCUCGACUGUGUCACAAAAUUUGUUUUCACAUAGGCAGUAUUAAACAGUUUUGGUGUGUGUAAAUGUUGAGAAAUGUGUAGGUGCUGUUAAAAAACAAAAACAAAAUGUUUCCUAAUGUAGGAUGUCUGUAAUUUUUUAAUGCCUUCUGUGUGUUGAAGUCCAUGUCUGUUUUUGUUGAUGUUGCCAUAAUAUUUAUUGAAUUAUAUAU